UUAAAGCAUUAUCAAGAGUUGAACUCGGGGUGCUCACACAAAUUCCUGGUGUGUUGCCCGUUUAAUUUUUCUAUCGUUCAAAAUAAAUAAUACAAUUUAUGGUUUCUGGAUAAAUAUGGGUUUAGGAAUACUAAAACACAGUGAUUUGCCACUUGUGGACGAAAAACAUGCAUUAAAGAAAAGUGUUGAAUACAUUAAGUCAGCUUUGUGCUUGAUUGAUGAUGGAGCCAUUACCUCGUCAGCUUAUGACACAGCUUGGGUUGCACUUAUAGAAGAUGUCGAUGGACCAAGUGGCUUUCCUUGGUUCCCAUCAAGUCUACAAUGGAUUGUGAGCCAUCAGCUCCAAGAUGGCUCAUGGGGCGAGCCCUUGGUGUUUUCGGCUUUUGAUAGGCUCCUCAACACAUUGGCUUGUGUGGUUGCACUAACUAAAUGGAACAUUCGUCCUGAUAUGUGCCAAAAAGGAAUAAAAUAUGUGCACAAAAACUUGAACAAGCUUGGGGAUGAGAAGGAAGAACACAUGACACCUGGUUUUGAACUAUUGUUCCCUAAGCUUAUUGAACUUGCACAAAAACUAGAUAUCAAAAUGCCAAAGGAUUCUCCUGUAUUGAAGGAGAUAUAUGCAAAAAGAGACAUGAAACUUGCAAAGAUACCUAAGAAAAUGUUCUACAAGAUCCCAACAAUCCUUCUUUAUAGCUUAGAAGGGAUGAAUGAUUUGGAAUGGGAUAAGCUUCUAAAGCUUAAAUCGGAAAAUGGAUCAUUUCUUUGCUCUCCUGCAGCUACUGCUUUUGCGUUUAUGCAAACGAAAGAUCAAGAUUGUCUAGCAUACUUGACCAAUCUUGUUGCUAAGUUUAAUGGAGGAGUUCCAACUUUUUACCCAACUGAUAUGUAUGAACGAGUAUGGAUCGUUGAUCGCCUACAACGCCUAGGAAUCUCACACUAUUUCAGCUCUGAGAUCAACAACUUUGUUGAUUAUAUCCACAGGUAUUGGGAUCAACAAGGAAUUGGAUUUGCUAGAAAUUGCAACUUACCAGAUAUUGAUGACACUGCAAUGGCUUUUCGGGUUUUAAGAACUAAUGGCUAUCAAGUUUCUUCCGAUGUAUUUCGACACUUUGAAAAAGAUGGACAGUUUUAUUGUUAUCCUGGGCAAUCAGCAGAAGCUGUGACAGUAAUGUUCAAUCUAUACCGAGCUGCUCAAGUGCUUUUUCUGGGAGAAAAGAUCCUUGACAAUACCAAGAAGUUUGCCCACAGCUUCUUGACAGGAAAACUAGCAACCAGCAAGCUUUUCGACAAAUGGGUUAUCACCAAAGACUUACUUGGUGAGGUUCAGUAUGCGCUCGAUGUGCCAUGGUAUGCUAGCCUGCCUCGACUUGAGGCAAGAUGUUACUUGGAACAAUAUGGAGGGGAAGAAGACGUUUGGAUUGCAAAAACUCUGUAUCGACUGAAAAAUGUUAGCAAUAAUGAAUACCUUGAGACCGCCAAAUUGGACUACAAUCUCUGUCAAGCAGUUCAUAGAUUGGAAUGGAACUAUCUACAGAAAUGGUUUCUAGAUCUUAAAAUUGAAGAGAGCUUAAACACAAGAGCUUUAUGGUCAUAUUACCUGGCAGCAGCAAGCAUAUUUCAGACAGAAAGAUACAACGAGCGACUUGCUUGGGCCAAAACCAAUGUGCUAGUUGAUACCAUCACCUCGUUUUUUAGCAGACACCAGUUAUCAAAUGAUGACAUACGAGGUUUCGUCAAUGAACUCACAAGCACACAAAACCAGCAAACAAAUGGAAAUAAACGUCACGUGCUGAUAGAUGCAUUACACGAAACUCUCAACCAGAUCUCAGCGGAAGCACUUGAAACUCAUGGCAUAGACAUCCACCCACACCUCCAGAGUUGUUGGGGGAAGUGGGUGUUAAGCUGGAUAAAUGGACCGGACGUAGCAGGAGUUGCAGAACUGAUAGUUCAAACCAUAAAUCUGAGCAGUGGUCGAUGGUUUCCUAAUGACUCGUUAUCUCAUCCUCAAUACAAACAAAUCUCUUCCAUCACAAACGACCUAUGUCACCAACUACGUUAUAAGGGAAUUCGUACAAUAGGCGUUGAGACUAAAAUGCAAGAACUAGUCCAACUUGUUUUCCAUGACUCAUCUGAUGAUCUUGAUCAAGACGUGAAACAGACAUACCUAGCUGUUGCGAAAACAUUCUACUAUAUGGCAUACUUUGAUGCUGAGACUAUAAAUCGUCACAUUAACAAAGUAUUAUUUGAGAUUGUGGUUUAA